GUCCGGCCCGAGUUCGCAGGGGGAGGGUGUGAGUGCGACGCGUUCCACGGUCACCCAAGUUCAUCCCACCCGGCUUGGCCGGUCUGCGGGGGGCCCGCCUUCUCCCUGGGGACCCGAUGGCCUCGGAAGACUUGGCAGGGACGCUGGCGGCCGUUCUGGGGGGCCGGGGGCUGCGCGUGCAGAGCUAUGACUCGGGGCCGGCCGGGGAGACGCCGGCGCAGGUGCGGCUGCGGAAGAACGUCUGCUACGUGGUGCUGGCCGUGUUCCUCAACGAGCAGGAUGAGGUGCUACUGAUCCAGGAGGCCAAGAAGGAGUGCCGUGGGUCGUGGUACCUUCCCGCGGGGAGGAUGGAGCCCAGGGAGACCAUUGUGGAGGCGCUGCAGCGGGAGGUGAAGGAGGAGGCUGGGCUGCAAUGUGAGCCUUUGACGUUGCUAUCUGUGGAGGAGCGGGGCCCCUCCUGGAUCCGCUUUGUGUUCCUCGCUCGCCCCACAGGUGGAAUUCUCAAGACUCCCAAGGAGGCAGAUGCGGAGUCCCUGCAGGCUGGCUGGUACCCACGAACCUCGCUGCCCACCCCGCUGCGAGCCCACGACAUUCUGCAUCUGAUAGAGCUAGCCGCCCGGUAUCGCCAGCAAGCCAGGCACCCUCUCCUUCUGCCCCAAGAGCUUCCCUGCAGUCUGGUCUGCCAGCGGCUCGUAGCCACCUUUACCAGUGUCCAGACAGUGUGGGUGUUGGUGGGCACAGUGGGGAUGCCUCACUUGCCCAUCACCGCCUGUGGCUUUGCUCCCAUAGAGCAGAGGGGUGGCAUCAAGAUGGCUGUCCUGCGUCUGCUACAGGAGUGUCUGACCCUGCACCACUUGGCAGUGGAGACCAAGGGGUUGCUUGGACUGCAGCACCUGGGCAAAGACCAAACCGAUGGCAUCUGCCUGAACGUGCUGGUGACGGUGGCUUUUCGGAAUCCAGGUAUCCAAAAUGAGCCCCCGAAGGUUCGGGGUGAGAACUUCUUUUGGUGGAAGGUGGUGGAGGAAGACCUACAAAGCCAGCUCUUACAGAGGCUUCAGGAAUCAUCUGUUGUCCCAAUCAACCGAUAGGAGGCUGCCGUCAGUGGGCCAGGAGCUGGGUUCCCAUGGGCAGUAAUUGCACAACCUGCGCUUACACUCAGGCUGUCUGACCCCCUGUAUGAUGGCGUCUGUGCUUCAGAGGAGGCUUUGCCUCUGAGAGGCACAGGGGGUUGGUAGAGAUCUUGUUGCAUGGGGAGCAGGGCAGUUCUCCUGGUUCCCAGGGGGACUUCCAUCUCUUAUUGCCAUGGAGCAGGUCCCUGCACUGCAUCAGAAGGGACAGUGCCUUCAACCGAGCAAGGAGUCCAGAGCUCAAGGACCCAGUUGCCCUGAGGGCACAAUGAGGGCACGACUCCCUAAGGGGAUGUGAGGACUUUCUGGAGCUGAGGUGGCACCUCCUCAUCGUUUUCUGUGCCCGCCUCAGUAAGGGCCUCACCCAGAUUCUCAAGCACUUAGAACGUGGAAGGAGUGCUGGGGGAGGUCGUUCCAAGGGAGUGGGUCCCUGGCUGAGUAAAUAGGUGUUGCUUACUUUG